UGACAGCGUUUACCGAUACAACUACACGGUUUCAGCUUGAAGUACCGUACACGGAAAAUAUAGCAGAUUCAAAUAUUCCGACCAUGGCUAAAUUAGAUGGAGACAAACUUUUAAGGUUUCGAAGCCCCUCGACUGAUUCAGGAAUAGAAAAAGAGAUUAACGAGGUUCGUGAAUACCCUGAAAAUGGAAACAAAAUGGUGUUGACCUUAACUAUUCCAGAUAAACCAGAAGUCUGGACUAAACGAAUUUUUAAACGAAUUGAAAACUAAUUUUAUUCAACUUUAAGGAUUUUUUGUGAUUAUUUUCGUGGAUUUACUGAAAUUUUCCGAUAUUUUCAAAUCAGAAAGUUUUAGAUAGAGAUAAGUUAAAAUAUGUAUCUUGAUACUAACAGAUAUACGAUACCCACUAAGAAUGAGACGUUCAAACAAACGCCAGGCAAUAUAAUUCUGCUGAUAGUAAUUUGAGUAAAAUUCCCAGUUUAAAGCAUCCCAUUAAAGAAAGAAAACAAAUUUCAUCAAAUUUUGUAUUGACGUCUCUGAAUACUUGUUCUUUGAGGGUAAACUCUGUAUUAGGUCAAUUACAUAACUUAACAAGGUUGAGUUAAAAGGAUUGUCUUUUGUGAUUUCCAAUGAAACUCCAUUUAAAGAGGGAAGUGCCAGAUUCUCAAGAAUACCUUUAAAUAAAGCAGUUAAAAAAGAUUCUACUUUGUUUUACAGUGCAGCAGAAAAUUCUUGAGCAUAUAUAGCUUUUAAUUGGUACUGUUGUGAAUCUGAAACUCUAUAUGAGGAGGAUCUAUUGAAAUUACGUAUACAGGCGGAACUGAUUACCGUACCAAAAGUAUUAUUUUUUUAAAUUUUUGAUUAAAUGUUAAUCUUGUUUUAUGAAAUAUAUUUAUGGCUCUGA